UUAAAUGCAUCACUCACAUCUGCAAUAAUAGAAUCUCUCUGAACCUGGAUGUAAUUUCUGCCACUGGUGGGAGUCUAAGCCUCCCUCCCUGUCAUUACAUCGGCAUAAAUGCCAGUUUCUUACUGAGGGUGCUCUGACUCAGCCUCUCUGGGUGCUCCCUAGAAAUACGACUCCCACACUGCCCACCACAUGUAGCCUCCCCCCCUAUGUGGAAUAUAGACCCCCUAUUUAUAGAGCCGGCGAGGCCUGUACCCUUUGGGUUCGGCACACACUUUCAUUUAAACAACCUCCCCUUGCAGUCCAGUAAGUGCACACUGACACACACACACACACGGGAGGGAGAGGGUUUGCGUUUUUUGAGAGCGAGUAAAGUGUGAGAGGCCAUCCAAGAGGAAUAAGGAGACUAAGGGAGCGAGACAACGAGCAAGAGACUGAGCCAACGGUUUGAGGGAUUUUGCUAAGCAGUUAAGGGCCUACGGUGGAGAUAUUAGAAGGACUGAAUGCCUGCGUAAGGAACUGACUGACAGGACGACAAACCAGUCCACCUGUUCGGCACUGGGGGGCUAUUGUUGGAGGAUGGAUCACUGGAUAUGCAUUUUAGAGGACCCUACUUUGAACUUUUGAUCCACUGGACAACAAUUGAAGAGAACAAGCAAGGGGAACCAAGCUCUAUGAGGACAUACGCUGCCGCUUUGAGUAAGACCAGGACCAACUAUCUUUAAAAUACUUUUAAAACAGUACAAAACUGACUUAUACCAGUCUUAUAUGAUUUAAAGAAAUUGUACUCUGUUCAUCGUAUAUACUUUUGCAUUCAAAUGUAUCAAAUAUCCUUCUACCGUUCUAACUUCUACACAACAGUGUAUACAUGUGACUUGAUAUUCAGCACACCUCUGUAAUUACAAAGCACAGAGUACAGAGCACAGAGUGAAGGGUUACAGACAUUUGUAAUUAAGGACCAUCUAUAAAAAGGCACUCAAGGAAAAGGGUGAGGUCAGUGGCGAAAAAAAGAAAAAAAAGAAAAAAAGAGCACAAGGACACCAACACUGAGAACAGGACGCCGAGAGUCUCCCCGAGAAAAGAAAGCAGCUGCCUCUGCGAGAGACAACACAAGCCAUGGAUUCUAAUGGAGGACACUACCUCAACAAGGAAGCAGUGCUGUCACCUUUAGGUGCAACCCGAAUGUGCCAGCUCCUGCUCGGUUGCACCAUAAUGUCCCUUGUGUCCCACGGCGCGGGCUACAGCGCCACCUACGGAACCUUCUGCAUGUUUGUGUGGUGCUUCUCCUUUGCGGUCACACUCGUGGUGUUCGCCUUGGACAUCACGCGCCUCCACGCCUGCAUGCCCAUUUCCUGGGAUAACUUCACAGUGGCGUUUGCCAUGCUGGCAACCCUCAUGUACAUCACUGCCUCUGUGGUGUACCCCGUGUACUUCCUCCAAACAGAGUGCCCCGAUGAGGACUUUGACGUCCAAAUCUACCGCAUCGCCGUCACCGUCUGCUCCAGCGUCUGCUGCUUCCCCUACGGCGCCGAGGUGUUCCUGACUCGAGCCAAGCCCGGCGCGGUGGUGGGUUACAUGGCGACUGUGUCCGGGCUGCUCAAGGUGGUCCAGGGUUUUGUGGCCUGCAUUAUUUUCGGAGCCCUGGCCAAUGACAGCGAGUACACCCUCCACAUUGCCACCCAGUACUGCGUGGUGGUGUACAGCCUGUGCUUCUCCCUCACCGUCGUAGUGGUCGUACUGACCGUUUCAGGUCGGACCGCCGCCCUGCCGUUCCCCUUUGACCGGUUCGUGGUCAUUUACACCUUCUUCGCCGUGAUCCUCUACCUCAGCACGGCACUCAUCUGGCCCAUCUUCAGCUUUGACAAAAAGUACGGCACCACUGCUCGUCCCGAGGACUGCCCUCGAGGGCAAUGUCCCUGGGACAGUAAGCUAGUGGUGGCGGUGUUCACCAACGUCAACAUGAUCCUAUAUUUUGUAGACCUGAUUUACUCCCAGAGGAUUCGCUUUGUGUCCAGCUCUGCAGUCUGAACCCUUUGUCCCUUCAAGACGGUUUGGAUUCAAAGACAAACACAGAAACUCUCUGUCCACAUCCCGCUCUCGGUGAAGGAACGAUUCCCGUGGAUUCAUAACUUCAUGAAGUCGUCUAACCAUGUUUGGCAUUUCCUACAUUAUCAGUGUUUUCAUAGAAUGUUGCCUUUUCUAUGCAGAAAAACUCAGUAUUACCCCGUUUCAUGAGCUUGAAAGGCCCUUUCCCGGCUCUACGGUGACCUACCAGGGAGAGCCUGCCAGGUGCACCGACGAGCUGAUCUCAGCAUCCUUGUCCACAGAGGAUCCUGGGAAGUACGUCCAUCUCAGCACCGAAUCCCCUCCAGAUUCCUUUGGUGGUGGCAUACAGGACGGACCUUUGGGAGUGGGAGGGUCAUGGUUGUAAUAUCAGAACUUAUGUCAGUCGGGGUACAGAGGCUGGACAAUGUAUUAAUCUAUCCAUUAAAACAUAUGUAAAUAGUAAAAAAGAAUGAAUAUAUAUCAUGGUAUAUAUGUGGUGAAUAGUAUAUAUUAAGUCUACAGCAUGAACUAAACGUUGCUUUUGGUUUUAGAUAUUUUUUAUCUACAUGUCGUCAUAACAUGUUUUGCCAAAGGUUGAACUUCAUUCGUCUUUUUCGGUCAUCCAGCCGGUCUGCUAUAUUUCUGAUGGGUUCCAUGUUUUAUAAAAAAAAAAAAAAUCCUUGUUAAAUAGUA